CCCUGUACGGUUCCCCACCACCUCAGGGACAACAGACUCCAUACCAGAACCAGAGCCAACUCCAUGCUCCUCCACCACCUCAACAAGGUGGACCUGCAUACUGGCAACAACAACAUACGGCUGCUUAUAGCCAACAACCGUCGAUAGGCUCGCCUCCACCUCCAGGGCAGCCGCCGUACCAGCAAUAUGGAGCUCGUCCCCCAAACUGGCAGCAGCAGCAUCAACAACCGAUGCCUGGAUACGGCGCUCCGCCAACCCCAGCAUCACUAGGCUAUGACGUAAGACAAAAAGAAACUUACGGAUACCCCGUGAACGUAGAGUCCGACGCUGUGGCCAUCCGCAAAGCCAUGAAAGGCAUGGGCUGCGACGAAGCAGUCCUAGUCAAAGUCCUCACGCAGCCCAAGUACAGCAACCCGUGGGUGAUGCAGCAGCUCAUCGCCAACUACAACGAGCGCUUCGUGCGGGACCUAGUCAAAGACAUCGAAAGCGAGACGCGGGGCGACCUUGAGACGGCACUGAUGGCUCUAGUCCGCGGCCCCCUCGCCGCCGACGUGCAUCUCCUCUCCAAGGCUCUUGACCGCGCCGGCACUGAUGAGGAUGCGUUGAUGAAUGUGCUGCUAUGCCGGUCUAAUGCCGACAUCGCCGCCAUUAUUGCGGAGUACAAGCGCAUCAAGGGGCGGGACCUCCUCACCGAAAUCAAGGACGACGUCGAUGACACGCUGUUCAGAUUGUACAGCAUGGUGCUUUCCGCUACGAAGGCUGAGGACUCGGUGCCGCCCAGCCCGCCCGAUACGGACCUGAAGGUGACAGAGCUACACCGCGCGACUGAAGGCGUGAUAGGGGCAAAUGCCGUCAUGGUUGCCCAGAUCUUCACGAGCAGCAAUUCGGCCCAGAUCCGAGAUAUCUCCUACGCAUACCAGAGAAAGUAUCAUCGAUCACUGCGCGAUGUUAUCGAGAAAGAGUUCAGGGGUGAUAUGGAGGAUGCGCUGCUUUACAUGCUGGAGGUGGGCGAGGACCAGGGGCGGGCUGAUGCGAGUAGACUUGGCGAGCCGCUGCGCAAGACGAUUCGCAAGGAUAGCUUGUUGAUCAAUCGGGUGCUGAGGCUGUUUUACGCGCCUCUCGAGGUCGAUCCCAGGGAUGGGGUUCCGAGGCCGCUCAGGUUGGAGAGGGCGAAGGCGGCGUAUAAGCUAAAGUAUAAGGUCAGUUUGAAAAGUGAUAUCAAGGCGUUUUUGAAGGGGGAUUACGAGGACUUGAUUUUGGCGCUGCUUAGGGAGAUGUGACGAGGGUAUAAGACUCGACUUUUCGAAAGGUGAUCGUUUCGGCUGCAACGAAGUUCACAGUCGCGCCUUUUCAGUUUUUUGAGUUUAAUUAAAACCAUCAGCAAGUGAUAGCUAUUUCAUUCUGGGGAGGAGUUUUAUCUGGUAGCAUGAACUUGUGGUCCUGCAAAUUUAGAAUAGACACUGAACACCGGCCCGUCUAUUCCC